AUGGAUGAGAAAUCCGUUUUGAGAAAUCGCGAGAGGAGCUUCUACAAGCUUGAUCUCACCAAGAAUCUCCCUCCAGGAACCGAUAGCAUAAGUCAAUUUGAAGCUCAUCCACGACAACCAAGACCACCGGCAGAACCCAAAAGGCCGGUCCCAGAAUGGCCACCGGAGGCAGAGAGGAAAGGGAAGUGGAUAUCGGCGUAUCUUGACCAGCUCGACCCAGAAACCGAGUACGACCGCAUCAUCCAGACCUCGACCUUCUUCACCGGCUCCAGCUUCGCCAUCGCCAUGGGCUACACCUCGACCCUCAUCCUCUUGACGCAGACGCCGGCGGGCGCCUCAGCAGUCCAUAGCACGGGCAAGCUCUUCCGCCGCGGCCAUCAGCGCUUCUACGAGACGCAGGACCGGCUCCUCGACUGGAUGUGGUACGGUAGCGCCUCCCCGCAGGCCGUCGAGGGCAUCGAGAGGGUCAAUAAGAUCCACGCCGGUGUGUGGAAGAAUGCGCCGGGGACGUUCAGCCACCCCUGGGAGGGCCAGAUGUCGCUCAUCGGGUCAGCGUACUUUGAGACGUACCUGAGGGACCUCGUCGGGGCGAGGGUCAGGGACAUACACCCCAAGCUGGCGGCGGCGUGGCCGGCGUGGGCCGAGAGGGCGUGUGCGCACUUUCGGUCGGAGCCAGAGGACGGGUCGAGGAGCUUUGGGGUGAAUUUCCCGAGGGACUGGAAGGAACUUGAGGCUUUUCACAAGUGGUAUCGGGAGCUGCCGUUUGAUCAGUAUACCAGUGAGGAAGAAAGAGUCAAGGGGGCUGUGAUAUCUAAGGGGGUUGUUGAUCAGUUCGCCGAACUAUGGUUUCCAAGGUAUCUCCAAUGGUUCGGCCGACAGCUGUUCCUCACCAUCGUACCACCCAAGGUCCGAGAACAACAGCGCACCGGGCACCCCAACCCUUUAGUGGCCAAGCUUGUCAAACUUCUCCUCAAGAUACAAAUCGACCUGGCUGACAUCAUGCCGGACCCCGCGAGGCCCAUCUUGAGGGACGAGUACCAUACGAUCAAGAGUUGGGAAUGGUACAAGAUAGAUGCUCAAGUGGUUGAGAAGCGGAGAAAGCAGGCGUCGCUGAUCAGGACCUUACUCCUGGGGGUGCUACUGAUACUUAUUGCGAUUGUCCUUAUGAGGGGCUGGGCAGUGGGAGUUGAGAUAAAGAAGGGCCAUCCCGCACCCUCCUUCGGAAGUGUAGCCGCGAGUAUCCGUAUCAGCAGCGGGUUCCAAGCCGAAAAGAUUGCGGUUGGCGUUGCUGUCGCUGGUAUGCUGCCCACGACGAACGCGUGGGUGUGCGACGGCAAAAUGGGCUUGAAGGGUGACGAUAUCGCGAAGCACAACAGUGCCGACUCUUGCUGGGUCAUUGUUCACGGCAAAGCUUACGAUGUGACGGACUUCUUGCCUGAGCACCCCGGUGGCUCAAAAAUCAUCCUCAAGUACGCCGGCAAAGAUGCGACGGAAGAGUUCGACCCCAUCCACCCGCCCGACACCCUCGAUAAGUACCUCGAGCAGUCCAAGCAUCUUGGCCCCGUCGACAUGACCUCUGUAGUGGCUGAGGAGAAAGAAGAGGAUCCCGAAGAGAUUGAGCGCUUGGAGAGGGUUGAGCAGAAGCCACUGUUGUCCCAAUGUUACAACCUGAUGGAUUUCGAGGCCGUAGCGCGCAGAGUCAUGAAGAAGACGGCUUGGGGAUACUACUCGAGUGCAGCCGACGACGAAAUCACAUUGCGCGAAAACCAUGGUGCCUUCCACAGAAUCUGGUUCCGGCCGCAGAUCCUUGUCGACGUCGAAAAGGUAGACUUCACCACCACCAUGCUCGGCGCAAAGGUCGACAUGCCCUUCUACGUCACCGCCACCGCCCUCGGCAAGCUGGGCCACCCCGAGGGCGAGGUCCUCCUCACCCGCGCCUCCCGCAAGCACAACGUCAUCCAGAUGAUCCCGACGCUGGCCUCGUGCUCCUUUGACGAGCUCAUGGACGCCGCCGAGGGCGACCAGGUGCAGUGGAUGCAGCUCUACGUCAACAAGGACCGCGAGAUCACAAAGAAGAUUGUGCAGCACGCCGAGGCCCGCGGCUGCAAGGGCCUCUUCAUCACCGUCGACGCGCCGCAGCUGGGUCGUCGCGAGAAGGAUAUGCGGUCCAAGUUCACCGACCCGGGCGCCAACGUGCAGUCGGGCCAGGCGACGGAUCAGAGCCAGGGUGCUGCUCGCGCCAUUUCGUCUUUUAUCGACCCGGCCCUGUCGUGGAAGGAUAUCCCCUGGUUCAAGUCCAUCACCAACAUGCCCAUCAUCCUGAAGGGUGUGCAGCGUGUUGAGGACGUCAUCAAGGCUAUCGAGGCCGGUGUCCAGGGUGUUGUGCUCUCCAACCACGGUGGUCGCCAGCUCGACUUUGCCCGGUCCGGCAUUGAGGUCCUCGCCGAGACGAUGCCGGUGCUUCGCCGCAUGGGCUUGGAGAACGCGAUUGAGAUCUACAUUGACGGCGGUGUCCGUCGUGCUACCGAUAUAAUCAAGGCGCUGUGCCUCGGUGCCAAGGGUGUCGGUAUCGGCAGACCUUUCCUGUACGCCAUGGCCGGCUACGGCUUCGACGGUGUCGAUCGCGCUAUGCAGCUGCUCCGCGACGAGAUGGAGAUGAACAUGCGUCUUAUUGGUUGCACGAGCAUCGAUCAGCUCAACCCGUCGCUUAUCGAUACGCGGAGUCUGUUCAACCACGGAUCUACGCCGUCUGACAACCUUAUGGGUGCUGUGUACGACCCGUUGGCGACGCCGGUUCAGAGACCCAAGGCGCCCAAGCCGUCAAAGUUGUAG